GAUGGCGCCCCGCACACGGUGAAACUAAAAGACACAGAACAUAGCUUACUCGUUCUGCAAGAUAUUCAUGUUUACAUUUUCCUCCUUUCAUUUUCAAAAAUUGGUUCAAAUCGACGUGUUAUUUUCUUUUUAAGAGGCGGUCUACUGUCGUUGCGGACACCUUCACUGAACCAGCUACUUAACUUAUUUCUUGACAAGUGUGUAGUGUGUGUGUGUCCUUCCCAGGUAUGGCGGUCCUGGGCAGCUACUGUGCGGACGGCGGCUCGAUGAGCCAGGCCUGGCUGGAGGACGGGCUCUCCCCCUGCUUCUACUUCACCCUGGUGCCCAGCGUGCUGCUCACGCUCUCCCUGUUCUUCGGCGCCUUCCACUGCGUGUGCUACCGGCGCUACGGCGCGCCCAUGGAGCCCAAGUUCGUGCCGCGGUCGCGCCUGUACGGGCUGCAGCUGGCCGCGUCGGCGCUGAUGCUGCUGCAGGCGGCGGGCUUCGUGGCGUGGCGGGGCGCCCGCGGCGGCGUGCUCCCCGGGUUCGCGCUCCUGUACGGGCUGCUCUCGGCGCUGGGCUGGGCCUGCGCCCUGGCGCUGCUGCGGACGGAGCGGCGCCGGGUGGUGGUGCGCGACCGCACGCGCGGCCACAGCGCCGUCCUGCUGAUGUUCUGGGCCGCGGCGUUCGCCGCCGAGAACCUGGCCUUCGUCUCCUGGGCCAGCCCCCUCUGGUGGUGGGGCCUGGAGACCACGGAAAAGCAGGUGGACUUCGGACUCUGGCUGGUCCGUUACAUUGGCACAGGGACCCUCUUCGUCAUUGGUCUGAAGGCUCCGGGGUUGCCACGGAGACCGUACAUGCUCCUGAUCAACGAAGACGAGCGCGAUGUGGAGAACGGGCAGCCUCUGUUGGCGGGGGCUGAAUCGCAGUCCACCUGGCAGGACUUUGGGAAGAAGGUCCGGUUGCUGGUUCCGUACAUGUGGCCCAAGGGCAACGUGCUUCUCCAGGGCCUGGUUCUGCUCUGCCUGUGCCUCCUGGCCACCGAGAGGGUCAUCAACGUGUUCGUGCCGAUCUACAACAAGAACAUCGUGAACGAGCUGUCAGACGGAAGUAGCUGGAAGACCCUGGCCACCACCGUGUGUCUGUACGUGUUUCUCAAGUUCCUGCAGGGCGGUGGAGCAGGUGCGUCGGGGUUCGUCAGUAACUUGCGGUCCUUCCUGUGGAUCAGGGUCCAGCAGCACACCAACCGCGUGGUCCAGGUGCGGCUCUUCGGCCACCUGCACGCGCUGUCGCUACGCUGGCACCUGGGGAGACGCACGGGCGACGUCCUCCGCAGCAUCGACCGCGGGACGUCCUCCAUCAACAGCCUGCUCAGUUAUAUCGUGUUCAGCAUCUUCCCCACCAUCGCUGACAUCGUCAUCGCCAUUGUGUUCUUCAUCUCGAACUUCAACGCCUGGUUCGGCCUCAUCAUCUUCAUCUGCAUGUUCCUCUACCUCACUCUCACUAUCGUCAUCACGGAAUGGAGGACCAAGUACCGGCGCGAAAUGAACACUCAGGACAACAACGCCAAGUCCAAGGCCGUGGACUCCCUGCUGAACUUUGAGACGGUGAAAUAUUACAAUGCAGAGAACUAUGAAGUGAACCGCUUUCAGGAUGCCAUACUCAAGUACCAGUCGGCUGAGUGGAAGACCAACGCCUCCUUGGCCUUCCUGAACCAGACUCAGAACCUGAUCAUCGGGACGGGCCUCCUGGCUGGGUCUCUGCUCUGCGCCUACUUCGUCACGGAGAAUAAAUUUCGGGUGGGUGACUAUGUUCUUUUUGGGACUUACAUCAUCCAGUUGUACACCCCUCUGAACUGGUUUGGUACCUACUACAGAAUGAUCCAGAACUCCUUCAUUGACAUGGAGAGUAUGUUUAAGCUCUUUACAGAGGAGCAAGAGGUGAACGACGACGUCAACGCCGGGAACCUCCUGUUCAAACUGGGGAAGGUGGAGUUUGAGAACGUGCAUUUCAGCUACACCGAGGGGAACGAGAUUCUACGGGACGUAUCCUUUACCGUAAUGCCUGGUCAGACGGUGGCUCUGGUCGGCCAAUCGGGAUCGGGCAAAAGCACCAUUAUCCGACUGCUCUUCCGUUUCUAUGACGUCCAGGGGGGGUGCAUCCGCAUCGACGGGCAGGACAUCUCGAAGGUGAAACAGAUGUCUCUCCGGGCGCACAUCGGCGUGGUCCCCCAGGACACGGUCCUCUUCAACGACACGAUCCGUGACAACAUCCGCUACGGACGCGUCUCCGCCUCCGACCAGGAGGUGGAGGAGGCCGCGCUCGCCGCAGACAUCCACGACAAGAUCCAGGCCUUCCCCGACGGCUACGACACGCAGGUGGGGGAGCGGGGUCUGAAGCUGAGCGGGGGGGAGAAGCAGAGGGUGGCCAUCGCCCGCACCAUCCUCAAAGCCCCGCAGAUCAUCCUGCUGGACGAGGCCACCUCCGCCCUGGACACCCAGACGGAGCGCAAUAUCCAGGCCAGCCUCACCAAGGUGUGCUCCAACAGGACCACCAUCGUGGUGGCACACAGGCUUUCCACUAUAAUCGGGGCUGACCAGAUCCUGGUUCUGAAGGAUGGCCAGAUCGCUGAACGGGGACGGCACGAGGAGCUGAUGGAUAAGGGAGGACUCUACUCCGACAUGUGGCUCAAGCAGCAGCAGGCCGCUGAGUCUGACUCCGCCUCCGACACGGAGACCAAGGAUCGGCAGACGGAGAAGCUGCAGCCAAUCACAGGCCACAGGGGUCACUGAGAGCCAAUGAGUGGCAGGUGGAGGCGGAGUAAGGGCGAGCGGGGUUUAGCCCGUGUAUAUUUUGUACGGAUAAGGCGUCUGCUCGGACGAGACAUUUUGACUGUUUGAAUUUCGAACCGUGUCACCUGCUUUAAUAGAUAUUUUAUUGUAUAUUUAUUGGGUAUUUUUAUACUUUAAUUUGAAACGCGCUGUAGUGGCCUUUUUCUAAGUGUAUAAAUUGUAUAUACAAUCAGUUUAGAAUCUUUCCUUGUUACUUCCUCUUGGGAUCACUCAAAAGUAAUUAAUGCAUUACUUUAAAUACAAACCAGGCUUUUGUUCUGAAAUACAGGUCUGUGAUCCGGAACAACAGUGUUGGGAAAAGAUGUAGCUUUAUUUUUUGGGGGGUUUUAGGAGAAGAAAGAAGUUAAGGUAGUGUACAUAUGUAAGUCUCUGGAAUCAUAUUCUUUUGUCUGUGCUGGUCUCCUAUGAUUCUGGGCCGAAGCACUGCACACUAAAAGCACAAUCAGAAAUAUUUAAUUUUAAUUUCUUUAAUUAUGCCUUCUAUUCCUAGUUGAAAUGGACAAAAUGAUAUGAGAAAAAAUAAUUCGUUAAUUAUUUGGGUUUUGUGCUUUCUACUGAAGCUGAGAAUCAGUCCGCAUUCUAUACCUCAACAAAUCAUUUACAUUGGGUUUCCUACUUCUGCUUGUGGUCGUGUGGUCUGUGAUGCGUUUCUGGGAUGCGUUGCACUGCAGCUGAAUCAUCCAUCCAUCCUUUAUCUUAACCCGCUUAUCCUGAACAGGGUCGCAGGGGGGCUGGAGCAUAUCCCAGCAUACAUUGGGCGAAAGGCAGGAAUACACCCUGGACAGGUCGCCAGUCCAUCGCAGGGCACACACGCCAUUCACUCACACACUCAUGCCUACGGGCAAUUUAGACUCUCCAAUCAGCCUAACCUGCAUGUCUUUGGACUGUGGGAGGAAACCCACGCAAACACGGGGAGAACAUGCAAACUCCGCACAGAGAGGCCCCGGCCGACCGGGACCUCCUUGCUGUGAGGCGGCAGUGCUACCCACGGCACCAUCCGUGCCACCCAGCUGAAUCAUUGGCUGAGCUAUUCUAGGUCACUUACCUUUAGGAAUUUAAGAAUGAUUUUAAGUGAAAAAUGUAAAUAAUAAAUUCCACCUGAAAGUCUCAUUCUCUGUGAGAUUAACAAAUAUUUAAAUAUUAUAGUGAACACAACAUUGCAGUAUGUUGAAGUGGAGGGAGAGAGUUUGAUGAUCUGUGUAUAGAGUUGUACGUACAGUGUGUGUGUGUGUGUGUGUGUGUGUGCGUGUGUGCGCGCAUGUCUGUGUGUGUACAGUACGUGUGUGUGUGUACAGUAUGUGUGUGUGUGUAUGUAGAGUAUGUAUGUGUGUGUGUGUGUGUGUAUGUACAGUACGUGUGUGUGUACAGUAUGUAUGUGUGUGUGUGUGUGUGUGUGUGUGUGUGUGUACAGUACGUGUGUGUGUGUGAGUGUGUGUGUGCGCGCGCCUUGCAGUACUAAGUCAGCAUUGGGAGUGCACAUGUAAGUAAUGAUGUCUCCUCUGCUGAAAUAGGUCCAAAGGGAAUAUAAGAAGGGAAAAUGAACAGUGGUUCUUUCAUCCAUUCAGAACAGCACUUAUCGUUUACCAUUUAGGACGCUUCUCAAGAUACUGCAAUAUAUUGUAAAUGGAUUUUUUGGAUAUAUCCCAACAGUGUAUUUAAAAAACUAAAUGUUGCACAAUAUCUGGAAAUGUGGCAAUAGUUUGUAUAUCUGCUCCUAUAUCGGGAAGUGUUGCACUAUCUUUUCAGAUUUUGAUUAUGUAUUCAUUUUCAGUACAUUGCAAUAUAUUCUGUUGUGUUCAAUAUAUUUUGUUUUCGGGUCCCAAUGAUGAUUUUUAAUUACUGGUGGUGUUUUGAGUAUUUGUUCAAACUGACUAAGGGAAUGCUAGUGCUUGUGUAAUGCUUAAUUAAAGGUGAUUCGCUGGGGGCAAGUGGCCAGUAAAUAAAGCGUGCCUCUGAUUUUCAAAAUGGCAACGGCAGACACACUUUAUUUCUUAUGAUCUAUUGACAUAACGGUCAUUAUUCUGCCCUGAUAAAAAUGAAUGUUUCUGGGUUGUGAUAGGUUGUUAACCUUGAGAGGGGUCAUAUUUGGAAUUUGAUUGCUCGUGGUCAUUUAAGUUUGCAUGUAUAUAUGAAGUGGAACCAUUUGCUAGGUUAUUGUAUUUCUCUGAAAAGGUUUAAGUUGAUUGACACACUUUGAACUACUUUCCAGACCAUGUCAAUGUAAUUGGUUUUAUUUAUUUACAAUAAAUAAGUAUGUUGUUUUGAAAA